AUGAUCGAAGAUGAUUCAUCGGGAAAAUGUGGUCGAAAAACGGCGCUCUCUAUAUUUUUCGCCCUAUCCCUUCUAGCCUUCACAUUUUGUCUUCUCGCUCUAAUAUCUCCCUCUUGGCAAUAUGCCAAUCUCGAAAAUGGUCGAACCGAACAUCAUCACGGUCUUUGGUUAGAUUGUAAACGCGACUAUUCUUUUGACUACGGUAGAACUCGUGAAUAUUAUGAAACUUUGUACCGGCGAGAUAUGCAAGGGUCACCAUUUGAUGUGUUCUAUCUACCUCAACUUCAAUGCGUUUACAAAUUCGAUUAUUAUAUUGAUCCGGAAGAUUUGUAUGAUCAUAAUCACGAUGAGAAUCGAAUUCAAAAUGAUGCGUAUCAACAUUUGUUUUUGGGUUGGAAAAUUGCGGCGUUGGUUGGUGUGGGAGUUGGUGUACUUUUUUCGGCCUGCACCAUUUUGUUGGGUAUUUGUUCGUUUUGCCAUAGGACUUUUAUUUGUGCUUGUACGGUGCUGGUUACUAUUUCUGGUGAGUUUUAGGAUUUUUGUGGAGGGCAUACAAAUUUAGAUUAUUUUCUAAAAUUCUUCCAGCCAUUCUUUCAACUCUGGGUUCCGCGAUUUUCUACAUUUGGGCAAAUUAUCAGGAUAACAAAGUGAUAAAAGAGGAAGAAGAAGGCGAGAUCUACGAACAAGUUUUGGGUUGGGCAUUCUAUUGCCACGUCAUAGGAACAUUAUUACAAUGGGUUUGCUCAAUUCUAGGAUGUUGUGUAACUUCGAUUUCAUUUAGUAAAGGAAGAGCAAAACUUGUCAAGAUUGAGGUAUGAUUUUUUUCUCAACAAAAUACAUAUUUUUGGAUUUAGAUCGUGGAAAACGACGACGGCUCUGAACUUCUCUCUUCUUCCUCUCAAAACUUCAAGCGAAGUUUCUCCGCGGUUUACAAAGUGGACUCAAGUGCUUUGCGUCAAUGGGAGAAGAAUUAUUUGAAAAACGUCAAAUCCGAUCAGAAUUUGAAUUUUAAAAGAACAUCUUCAGUUCCAAAUUUUUCGAAAAACAAUCGAAAAUCCAGACGGCAAUCUCGAGAAAAAUCAAGACAGAGCGAUUUAUUCUCAUCCACUUCAAAUAUCACAGAAUUUACCAAUUUUGGAAGUACGGCUACUAUAAAUACUCAACAAACUAGGAUGACAAAUCAAACGGUUCCAGCUGCGAUUCCUUGUCCAACUGUUCCAGGUCAAAAACCACUGAAGUCUGCGCUAAAAACACCAGUUCAAAACCGAAGGGAGAUGCCACCUCCAAUUCCGCCAAGAGCUGAAUAUGAAUACGUGGAAAAUAAUUCGACUAUCAAUAUGUCUAGCUUCUUAGGAUCUCCAAAACCAGCAAAUCAAUACGAUGAAGUUUAUGAAGAAAUUCCUGGAGAAUAUUAUUUGGAGCCAAACAGCGUCAAAAAUCACAGACUCUCUAGUUCAACAUUAAGCACAAUUGCCGAUGAUCGGAUAAUGAAUCGAUUGAAAUCAACACUUCCACCACCGCAUGGAUCAUCUCAAUCGAUUCCGAUUCCCGCAAAGGUUGUUCAACGGACUACAUUAAUCGAUGACAAGGCUGAAAAAAGGCCGACUAGUUUCAACGAGCCUGCAUCUUUCAAACUUUUGGAGAGAACAAGAAUUGAGAAGGAGGAGAUAACAAAAACUGAGCGAUUGCCAGCGAUGUUGCCACCAAAACCAAAAUCGAUUCGAGAUUUUGGAAUCGAUUUGUCCAAACAAUCUGUGGGAACAUAUACAAUUCAAGAUGAACCGAUUUAUCCAAAAAGUCUCUCAAAUCCUGCGUUUGAUGAGUGAGUUAUAAUUCGGGGUUUUGAUCAGAAAAAAAAAAUAUUUGGGAACCUUAAUUUUAGCAUGAAUUUUCUCACCUCAUGAACACAAAUAAAUCUAAAACUAAAAGAUUUCCACCAAGCAAGUUUGAAAAAUGAUGAGAAAUUUCAGUAAUGAAGAAUUCCCACCACCACCUGAAAUUGCCAUCAACACAUUUGCCACCAAACAAAAGUGAGUUUUUUCCACAACAUCUAUGUACAAAUAACUGUGUCUCUUUUCCAGAUCAAUCACAAAUCUAUCAUUCCGCGGUGUCUCCGGAAGUCACGAAAUAUUCGAUCGACCCGAUUCCCUAAUCUCCUCUGCUUCUUCGCCAAAAGAUCUAGAUUCAAUUCUACGAAAACCUCUACUUCCUCAAAAUCGAAGAUUAUUAAAUGUGAUGCCUGAUGAGGUUGAUAGAUCUGUGGGAUCUUCAACAAUUCUGGAGAAUGAGACACAUGACAAUAAAAUUGCAUAUGCUAGAGAUGCAGAAAUUCGUCUAAAUUUAUUUAUGAAUGAUAAUCAGAUUGGCAAAAAUGCUCAAGACGAAACUACAGUUUGA